CAGAACCCCUGAGUUUGUGAGGUUAUAAGUAUGUGAUAAAGUUUUACUUCCAUAAAUCCACUACAUACUGUGCAGAGUGCAAAGAGUUUGAGCAAGAAUGAACGCUCAAAGUGGAAUAGACGACAAUACAAUGCUAAUAGGCCAGGCACAAAUAUUGCGAUAUCUAUGCGGAGCUAUUGAUGCCAUGGCUAUGCGAUGUUGUGUUGAGCUCCAUAUUGCCGACAUAAUAAGCAACCACAGCCGCCCUACUUUGUCAGAUAUCGCCACUGGUAUCAACUCUCCCUCAAUAAAUCUUGAUGGGCUUGAACGACUCAUGAGGUUUUUGGUUCACAGAAAAGUGUUCGAUGAAGAAGAUGGUGAUGGAGAAACAGUUUACUCCCUGAACCACUCCUCUAAGUGGUUGUUAUGCAAUACGAAUAUGACUUUGGCACCGUUUAUUAUGAUGUUUACAAACCCAUUCAUGGCUUUGCCAGCGAAUGCGUUAAGUCGAUCAGUUAAAGAAGGAGGUACAGCUUUUAAACUGGCCCACGGCGAAGAAUUCUUUGAUUUUCUUUCACAUAACUCAGACAUCAAUAGCCUUUUCAACGAGGCUAUGGCAUCCGUUACUACUAUCACCAUGGAUGCCAUCAUCUCCAACUACAGGAAUGGAUUUCUUGGGUUAAAAGGAAGCGUGGUGGAUGUUGGAGGUGGUACUGGUGUUGCAAUAUCUGUGAUUGUGAAGGCGUAUCCACAUCUUAAAGGGAUCAACAUUGAUUUGCCACAUGUUAUUUCGACAGCAACAUCAUAUGAUGGGGUUACCCAUGUUGCUGGUGACAUGUUUGAGGCUAUUCCUCCUGCAGAAACGAUCUUCAUGAAGACGAUCUUGCACAGUUGGAGCGAUGAUGAUUGUGUGAAGAUACUUAAAAAUUGUAGAAAAGCGGUGCCUAAGGGAACUGGAAAAGUCAUUAUGGUGGAGAUUGUGCAACACCCGACAGGAGAUGAUCCUUUGAACGAUACACGUGUUACGUUUGAUCUAGUCAUGCUUACAUGCUUUUCUACAGGAAGAGAACGAACUGAAGUCGAAUGGGAGAAAUUACUGAUCAGUGAAUGUGGCUUUUGCCGUUACAAUAUCAUUAAAAUUCCUACACUUUUCUCGGUUAUAGAGGCCUUUCCAUAAUAACUUAAGAUAAGAUGAACUUCUCGAAAUGAAAGUUUAAUGGCAAUCCCAUGUACUUUUCUUUCACUUUAAUAAAUAUCAAUAAUAAUCAUUUAAGGUGAGAGUUUUGAGGAAAA